AGAUUGAUUGAGAGAGCUUUGGAUUUCGAUGCUCCCUGUGGAGUGUGGAGAGGCUUAAAUUGCCUUCAAAGUUCACUCUCUCUGUCUCUCUCUCUCACACACACUCUCUCGUGGCGUCUCUGAACUCGAAGAUGCCCUAAUGUUCUGUUCAUACAAAGCCCACUUUCUUCUUUUCUUCAAAACCCACUUUUUCAUGGAAUCUAAUUCUUAAACUUUACUGAUUUUGUUCUUGAUUUCUUGCUUUGCAUUUCUACAUUUGGUUCCAAAAUUCUGAUUAGCUGCGGCAAUGGCGAUCACCAAAGAAUCUAUUCCACCUCCAGUGAUUGGUAAAGCUGGGAGAUACACAGUGUUCAUUACUCCUCCUGUGACUCCGAAAGGACCGAAACCAACGGAAAGAGCUUCUUCGGUAUCUCCAAAGUCGGAGGCUUCAACGAAGAUUGAGUCUCCGAAGAAGUUUGUUGCUCCGCCCCCUCCGGUUCAGCCUCCCCCUCAGCAGUUCGAGAAGCCUGCAUCGUCUAAUUCGUCUGCGCUUGAGAUCUUCUGGAAUGCUGUUGCAAAAGUUCAGAAAGCACAUUCGAGCUUGGAUGAGCAUUUGGCGGACUGGUUUGGAUUGAAUCAUUCUAGGUAUCAGUGGGCGUUGAAUGAUUAUUAUGAAAGCAGGGGAAUGGGGAAGGAGGAUGCAAAACCAAAAGAUCUAGCAAUCAAAGGUCAGACUGUAUAACAUGCUCUUGGGACAGCACUGUGAUGUUGUAGAGGCUCUUCACAAUUUAAUCAUAUUUAUGACAUAUCUAAGGACAAAAUGACAGCAAUUUUCUUUGGAGACCUCAAAGGAUCAUCCUACCAAAUACCUGGGUGUUCGUUGUUGUAAUUCGUCCAUUUCUUAUACUGCAUCAGCCAACAGGGUAUGGUGUGUUUACUGGGUUGAGGUGUCAUCAUCAAAUUCCAGAUGGUCUUCUUUUGUGCUUAGCAUCACCCAGUAUAUAUAAUAUAUGAUUUCCAAAAGACUUCUAUAUGUGAAUAUUGAAUGCUUGUUAAAUUAUUCUAUGUAGCUCCUGCAAGAGAAAAUGGUUAGGUUCUUGUUUUCAUUAAGCAUAAAGUCAGGCUUCUUUUGCUCUUCUUUA